AAGGGGAGAAGGGGGAACUUUGGGCAGGCAGUUUCUUCCCUCUCUGCCCCUCCGCCUGGCACACGUUGCCCAGCCAUGGGCACCUUCGACCUGUGGACAGAUUACCUGGGUUUGGCACGCCUAGUGGGGGCUCUGCGUGGAGAAGAGGAGCCCGAGACCAGGCUGGACCCACAGCCAGAGCCGGCGCCGGGACCAGGGGGUCAGAGGCCCGUCCCGGAAUCCCCAGCAGCUCCCGAACGCCUGUGCUCUUUCUGCAAGCACAACGGCGAGUCGCGGGCCAUCUACCAGUCCCACGUGCUCAAGGAUGAGGCGGGCCGGGUGCUGUGCCCCAUCCUUCGGGACUAUGUGUGCCCCCAGUGCGGCGCCACCCGCGAGCGCGCCCACACCCGCCGCUUCUGCCCGCUCACCGGCCAGGGCUACACCUCCGUCUACAGCUACACCACCCGCAACUCGGCCGGCAAGAGGCUGGCCCGGCCUGACAGGGCCAGAACGCAGGACCCGGGGCACGGGCACCGCCGAGGAGGAGCAGGAGGAGCAGGAGGAGCCUGCGCAGGCUCCAAAGGUGCCGGGACGUCUUCUGGACCUUCGCCCUCUUCCUGCCGUCCCUCCACUUCGGCCUAGGAGGCUGGCGCGGGCAGGACGGGAUGCUGCCUUCGCUGGGCAUGGGGACCCAGGCUCGGUGGAGGCUGCAUUUCAGGGACCAUCCCCCCUGGAGGACCCGCCCCUGGGGGCCUGGCGAGGGAGCGGGACCGGGAGCACCGCCAGAAGAGCCCCCGUAAGGAAGGAGGUGGUCCUCAGGCAGCCCUGCCCUCCCUCCCUGGCGCUGGGCACCCAGUGGGCGCUCAAUAAAUGCUUAUGAAUGGA